ACUGCACGGCACUCAUUCGACGAGGUCUCCCGUCGACACAUCUCAUCCCGGAGACGCAGUCGGCUACGCGUCGGAUGCUAGUUCGUUCUGAGUAGCGGAGGGAGAACAUCAUGGCUGCGUUGGUACAGACAAUCCCCCAGCAAAGUGGCACGGUUUCUGUGCUUCAAACUCGACCAUCGUCCUCUUCGGGCACCUUCACGCCGUCCUCUGCUCCCUCCCAACAACACAACCCGCGGAACUCGACUAUGUCCUGGAACCCAUAUAACACAACAGGCAGUUCCGCAAAUUACAGGGUAGGCCACCAGGUUGUGGCUCCCUACGCAUUUACCAGUACCCCCAACCUCUCGAAUUCAGGCACCACGCAGAACCGUCAGUCGUGGUCCCCUCAUCUGAGGCCCGAACAUCGCACUUCUUCUGCCCCUUCAGUGCCUCAGGGGUCUGGUCCUGCCCAAGUUGGAGUCAACUCGCGCUUUGCCCAUCAUCAUCCUGCAGCUGGUUCUGUAUCCACUUCUUCAUCCAAUUCCUCCGUCCAGUCCUACAUGUCGAAAGACGACUCUGCGAUCCCGACGCCCAGGCAGCUCCGUGCUGACCCUCCUCUCCGUCCUCUCUCCACCGUCAAUCUGCCUACCUCUUCCUCAUCGACCUUCAUGAACAUAUCUUCUCCCACCGUGGCCCGACCGUCCCCCGACCGUUAUCGUCGUGGAAGCCGCCGACCGGAUAAUGCCACGGGCGCACAGCCCGCAACGGCACAGCCAACUGCACCUGGAUCGGCACGUGCGGCCCCGGUAACCGUGGAUGAUUCCUUUCUCCAAACGAGCGCGCCUAGCCUUUUGGGGCCGGCACAAGAGGGCUCUCGCCGGCCUGGCCACGUUCGGGUGCCUAGUGCUGAUGACACUUCCCGUGCGGAUAAACCCCAGACAGAGCUUGCGAAGAGGUAUCGGCGUCGGAGCUGGGGAAAUAUUGAUAAUGCGGGUCUUAUAAAUAUGCAGCUCCAUCUGCCCACGUCGUCGCCGACUCCGUCUACUAGUGGCCAUGAUUACUUUGACCAGACCGCUCGACCCCGAUCGCCUCAGUCUCAGAAAGACGCUCAGGGCAGCAUUCCGUCGGCGAAUUCUUCGACUUCUUCGGUGCGUGAUCCUGGACAUGCGGAGUCCGCAUCUUCUUCCUCCAGCAAGGGUGCCAACAAACCGGAUGACGCGAAACGAUCGACCAAGCCAUCGCCGCUGUCUCAACCGGUUGAAGUCGAUUCCAACCCCCCGACCCCGAAGACAUCUCAGCCUCCCGCCAGUCCAAAGCCGGCCCCAACAGAGAGUCCUGCCACCCAACGUCUGGCUGAAAUCACGAAGGGCGACCAACGGCGGCCCGGAAAAUCCCGGUUGAGGAGGGCGUUCUCCUUUGGCAGCGCCUCCGAGCUUCUGAAAGCCUCCUCGCAGAACAAAAAGGAACUGAUGGCUGCCGAGAAGGCUCGCAGGGAACUGCUUCAGGAAGAGUUGGGUCCCGAGCAGGCAGCCAUUGCCGAGCAACAAGAGAUGGGCGGUCUGGGCGAGAGUAUCUAUUCCUCCCACCACCAGGGUCGUAUCUUCAACAGCUCCACGGACAACCUGUCGGUUUCGUCAACGGCAUCUUCCGCUUCGAUUAUGCUUCGGAAGAUGGGCAAGGGGAUGAAACGCUCGACACGGUCGUUGGUGGGGCUCUUCCGCCCGAAAUCGGUCGUGAGCACAUCGUCCACCGACCCCGUGCUUAUUGAGCCCAUGGCACCCCAGCUGUCGGUGGUCAAUAUCGAGGCAGAGAGGAAGGGCAUAUCCCUCAACUUGGACCCGCAGGAUAUUUCGCUCGCUGGCACGUUCUCCAAGGCAGAAUCCGAUACACCCCGCACUACGAGUCAUGACGAUGGCGCCCUUGACAAAUCCCAGUCGCGUAAGAGCAUUGUCGGAGGAGACAAGGAGCGUGCAGAGAUCCUCGCCGCCGUGAGGAAGGGUAUCCUCAAAAAGACCUAUUCCGACCCAGGCAACUCGAUGUCUUUGACCAAAUCAUCCCAAAACUCGAACGGCAAUGACUCGCCGCAUUCCAGCGUUCCCAGCACACCCGAAGAUCCGACACGGGCUGGUAACAGGCGCUCCGAUGCAGUGAAGAUCGCUGGCGAGGAUGAUUACCUAUCCGAAGGACGGUUCCUGACCGGCGAAUCGAAGAGUGCGCCCAUCACACCGCAAGCUAUGCUGCCCAAGAGCCUGGUUUUCAGCCCUCGCAUCCAGUUCCACGAGACGUGGCCGAGUGGGGAAUACGAUCGACGCGGUGACAUUGCGACGUGUAACCGGUUGACUCCGCUCCUUGCUCAGCAAAUCAAGGAGGAGCUGAACAACUUCAAGAUGGAGAUGGAGGUCCACGAGACGUCAAAAAUCUAUACUCACUUCCUCUGAGUCGCUGCAUUUCGAAUGGCG